CCCUACAUACGAAUAGAUAGCAAACGGACGGUAACAGAUUUGGAACAGAACCAGAGCUUCGUCACAUUUGCGAUAUCGCGAUAGGCAAGCCUUGCUUCUCAAGACCCACACGAAAGAGACGGUCUCUAGUCUAUUUUGAGAUGAGUUCACUUUCUUCGAUUGGAGUGCUAAUAUUGUGCGCGUGUACACUGUAUGCAGUACAAGUUAACGCGAAAUACAGAUGCAAUGGGACAGAGUCAUUCCUGUGCUCCGAGCAACUACCGGCCAACGACGGAAGAAAAUGCCAACUUUCCUCAUGGAAUCAACUAAAUGCAAUAAUAAAAACACCCAAGGAGAUAUGCACUUUAGACCUAACAGGCGCCAGUUUAACAAGCGUACCUGAUGGAGUGCUCCGGAACUACACGAACCUUGUCACUCUCAUUCUCUCCAAUAACGAAAUAAUAGCAAUUGAUGAGAACGCAUUCCAAGGUCUUACAAGUCUUCGCAAUUUAUCACUCAGUCAUAACGACUUCGAGUCAUGGGACUCCACAGCAAUCCCAAAACAUCUUAAAUCCUUGGAGUCCCUGGACAUGUCUGGUAAUGACUGGAUUCCAAGCAGUGACGUGUUACGCAUGCGUAGUCUAUCAACCAUUCGGGGCGUGAGCUGGGGACAAUGCAGCGACUGCGAACUGACCCGAAACGUCAAUCAAACCCAGCUGGACCGCCUACUUACUCUAGAGGACCUAGAAUGGGUCCCUGGGUACGCCUGCCGUGCACGGAUACAUACGUACAGCGCGCAAGUCAAGCGCUUCGCCAAAGAAGGAUUUUACCCAAGUUGCUUAGUGGAAGGUUCGGAAUGCUUUGCUGCGGAGGUCAAAGUGAGGGCUGACUCGCCGUGUAGAGAUGUCAACACAAAAGUGUUGACGCUGGAGUACGUGUUUGGUCCAGUAGCAUUAGUGCUCAAUCUCGUGGUGGUCGUCACGACGGCUUGCUCGAGAAGACUUCGUAGGAACAUCGCCAUGGUUCUCGUGUCAAACCUCGCGUUCGGUGAUUUACUGAAUGGCAUUCACGCUAUUGCGGUGGCGGUGGUUCAUCAUAUCUAUGACUACGCCGGUACUCGUAAGUUCGCCGACACGAAAUGCGACUACAUCGGUCCCUUGUGGAUGCUCGGACAGGCUAUAUCGGUAAGCUGCUCCCUAGUACUGACCUACGAGAGAUACCGCUCAGUCGUAAACUCCGUCAAAGUCAAAUCCAAGAUGAAGAUGAAGACUGCGCGAAUCUCGAUAUUUGUGUGCUGGGUGUGGUCGUUUGCAGCAGCGUUCCUUCCUCUAGCCGGUAUAGGCAUGUAUUCCAUUGGUACCUUCUGUAUUCCGAUCUACCCCGUGCGUUCCAUACCUCAUCAGUUCUGGUACAGCGUGGUAGUCACCCUUAUCGCUGCCACCAUGUACAUCGUAACCUUCCCAUUGUACAUCCGCCUGUACCUGUACGUCAAGCGAUCGAGCAAUCGAAUUGGCAGCAAGACAGAUGUGGCACUCGCCAAGAGAAUCUUCGUGCUCGUCAUGAGCAACAUGUUCUUCUUCCUCCUACCAAUCAUGAUCUCGCUUGCCUGGUCCGUCCUCAGUCGCCACCAGGUCAUGUCCCGAGUCGUAGCCGAGGUACUAACCUCCUCGUUCUGUCUGAUAUGUUUGACGGUGAAUAGCUGUCUGAACCCGGUGCUGUAUGCACUCAGGAACAGGACGUUUAUCAAGGAACUACGGCGCAUGUUGUAUCAUAUGGUGGGAUGGUAUUGCGGGUGGUGUUCUGAUAAUGGGCGCGGCAGCAACGAAAGGACAAGUAGAAGUAAUUCCGCCUCUAGAGGUAGCACACAUCAGCUGCAGAAAUACGCGUUAUAGAAGGCUAACGGAACUUGACGUAGAAUAAACACUACUAGGAAUUUAAGGUUCGUUCUCACUAGAACAGAAGCACAAGCGCAAGCGCAACACAAGUGAGAAUCACCCAAACAAAAGCGCAAACAAAUCAAGCAGUUCUCUUGCACUUGUGUUCCAGUGGGAAUAGGAAAAUUACGUGCGCUUGCUUUCUAGUAAGAACCAGCCGUUACACAUUACCAAGCCUUCGGAUAUCGAAGGAAACGGGCGUAUUGUUUUAGGAGCUAUUAUAAUUUAGAACAUCUAACGUUGUUAAAUUAUCAAAUUAUUCGCCACGGUGUGACUGUGUGAAGACCCAUUUAACUAUUUGAAAGCAGUUUCAGAAACUCUCAAAUCAAAGUUCGGCAUUCGAAAAACAUACACGGACUGGCAUGAUGUGAAUAUUUUAGUUUUUACCGUGUAUAAAUAAAGUACCUUAUCUAUAAGUAUGUAUGUAUGGCCCUUCAAAACAAAGGCUCGACUCUUCGUUUUGAGGCUGAACACUCGAACGAAAAGGAGCAUAAUAAAAUAUUUUUGCCUGA